GCGAGAUGGGAAAGAUGGCGGCGGUUGUCGGUUCUGCGGCGACCAUAGCAGCGGAGCCGGGGGAGGACGCCUUUAGGAAACUUUUCCGCUUCUACCGACAAAGCCGUCCCGGGACCGCGGACCUGGGAGGGGUCAUCGACUUCUCGGCGGCCCAUACAGGCCGGGGCGCGGGUCCGAGUGCCCACAAGGUGGUCAGAUCUCAGCUAAGUGUGUCCUCAGUCAACGAGCACGAUGCACAUAGAGCAGGACUUCAGCCAGUCAGCAAGUGGCGAGCCUAUGGACUCGAAGGCUAUCCUGGAUUUAUUUUCAUCCCAAACCCCUUCCUCCCAGGUUACCAAUGGCACUGGGUGAAGCAGUGUCUUAAGUUAUAUUCCCAGAAACCCAAUGUAUGCAACCUGGACAAACACAUGACUAAAGAAGAGACCCAAGAUCUGUGGGAACAGAGUAAGGAGUUCCUGAGGCAUAAAGAAGUGAAUAAACGGAGACCCCGAAGUUUAUUAGAGAAACUGCGCUGGGUGACCUUAGGCUACCAUUAUAACUGGGACACUAAGAAAUAUUCAGCAGAUCAUUACACACCUUUUCCUUCUGACCUGGCUUUCCUCUCAGAGCAAGUGGCCACUGCCUGUGGAUUUCAGGGCUUCCAAGCUGAAGCAGGUAUCCUGAAUUACUACCACUUAGACUCCACACUGGGAAUCCAUGUAGACAAAUCUGAACUAGAUCACUCCAAACCCCUCCUGUCAUUCAGCUUUGGACAGUCUGCCAUCUUUCUUCUGGGUGGCCUCAAAAGAGAUGAAGCCCCCACAGCCAUGUUUAUGCAUAGUGGUGACAUCAUGGUAAUGUCAGGUUUCAGCCGCCUUUUGAACCAUGCAGUCCCUCGGGUUCUUCCAAAUCCUAAGGCGGAAAGCCUUCCUCGCUGCCUAGAGACACCUCUCCCAGCUGUCCUCCCCAGAGAUGCAGUGGUAGAGCCCUGUUCUGUGGAAGACUGGCAAGUAUGUGCCAGCUACCUGAAAACUGCUCGUGUUAACAUGACUGUCCGACAGGUGCUGGCCACAGACCAGGACUUCCCUUUAGAACCUGUGGAGGAGAAAAAAAGAGACAUCACCACGGAAGGUUUCAGCCAUCUGGAUGACAAAAAUAGCCAAGUAAAACGGGCCAGAUUAAACCCUGACAGCUGAGGCUUGGAGAUGUCAUUCUUUUACUAAGUCGAUCUGUUUUGUAUUACAGUGGACUUUAGCACCAAGACAAGCCAAAAACAGACAGGGAAAAGCUCGUGUUUGAUCACACUGUUGCCUUGGAGCUCAUCCUGAAGACUAAAUUGAUGAACCACUUUGCCCAGAGAGGUAUUUGACAUGGUCUGCAUGGUCCAGUCUAGUUAAGUGUUGACAUUUCAGUCUCUGCCCUACCUCUAAGAGGUAGAAGUGACUUUCCAUGUCUGUGGAGCCUAAAUACCUCAGAUUUACAUAGUAUGUUAAUGGAAACAUAGAAUCCCUCCCCCCAUUGCCUCUGGUGACUUGUGGUAAAAUUGUGGUUCCGUGAACCAGCCAUUAGUCUCACAUUCUUAACUGCUCAAGUCAUUCUUUGAUCUUCUCUUCAGUCUUUUCUGACCCUCAGAGAAGAGUCCUGUGCACAUGCAGACAAUGGAACUGGAAAUCUCAUCCCCUAGAAAAGAAAUUAGUCAAACUGUCUUUCUUGCCUGAAAGGUAAAUUGUAUGUAAUCCAAGGCAAGGGGAACUCUGUUUUCUUCACAUGUCUUUUAGGACUCCAAACUCCCCCUCUUGGCUUUUUAAUGCAGUUUUAAUUGUUGCACUAAAAAGUCCCAAGGGUGUUCUGUCACUGUUUUCUCCAUGAAUAAACUUACUGGAUUUUGAGUUAAAGAUCUUUAUCUAUCUUUGUGGGUUAGUAUAUCUGGGAUUUGGUUUUGGUUGUUUUUUUUGUUUUUUUUUUCCCCUUUUUCCUGUUUUUAUUUGCUCUAUUGUUCCUGCUGUUGAAACCCUCUAGCUGUUUCCACCCUACACCGUCCUGCUCUGCCCUAAGUAUUCUUUGUGGCUGUCUCACAGGAGAGAGUAUUCCUUGGUACUCUAUUCACUACUGUCAUUUCUAAUAGUAAACGGCUUAGAAAAUGCAUGCAACGCCAAGUAUUAAUCUUUGUAAUCCCAUCGCCUCAGCUCACUGUACCUGAGUCAAGUUACUUCCUAUUGCUCUGGACCUUGGCAUUCUCAUUCAUAAAAUGAGGAUAAUAUUUGCUGCCAUCUUCCUAAAAGGGUGGUGGUAUUUAAAAUGAUAGUGGGGCUUUAGAGUUCCCGCCUAGAAACGUGAUGUGCCAGUGUUUUACUGUCGUUAGUCUCUUAGAAACAUCCUGGCUUACUUCUUUGUGUCGAGAGCUGGCUGGAAGCCACUCUGAUAUCUGCCAUUUGCAGCAUGUCUCGCUGAAUUUGCUCCUCUCCUAUGCCUGGCUUUUUUUUUUUCCUUACCAGCAUUGAAUAUUGAGUUCAUAUGCUUAUCUUCAUUAGAUUUUGUUUUCUUUUUUAAGGAAUAAAAGUUAAUAUAGAUUCAUCCCUUUUUUGUAAGCUAGGUUCUAAAGUUAGUGCAUGAUAGGAGAAUUUUAUAUAAUUAAAACUACCACUGGAAAAUUCCUUCGGUUUUCUCCAAAGUACGUUACACGUGACCCAUUGCAAACCAACAUACCGUAGCUUAAUAAACCCAGCAGUCAGUUUAUUCUUCAGCAUUAGAACGGAUUGGUGUUUAUUCAGUUGAAUAUCAGAUAAAGAUGUUGACUGUGUUUAGGGACCAUGUUGUACCAGAAGAUACGUAUUUAAACUGUAGACCCAUACACUCCGCGAAGCGAGAUGUGUAUGCUGCGGGAGGCAUGUAGAAACCGAGGCCCACUGUCCCAGGCUCACUCUAGGGUUUGUGCUUACUGAGUGCAGUGAUGAGCAGAUAGGACGUUUGCACAAUUUACUUCUCUCUUAUUCUUAUUUUUUAUUUAUGUUUGUUCUUGCAAAGCACAUAUCGUUGAAAGUGUAUAUGUUAACAACUGUACUUACUUGUCUUUGACAUUAAGAAGAAAAUAAUGCAAUUUGGGGAAGAGGGAAAAAAUUAGUGUUUUUUCUGCACUUAAAUGAGAGUGAUCACCUAGGCUUGUUUUAGUACCAGACUUUUUUUAAAUCAGGUUUAGCAAACUAUGGCCCGCCUCCUGUUUUCGUACUGCCCACAAGCUAAGAAUAGUUUUUAUGUUUCUAAAUGGUUGGGGCAAAAAAAUUAAAAUAAGAAUAGUUUUGUGACUCAUGAAAUUUAUAUGAAAUUCAAAUUUCAGUAUCUGUAAGUAAAGUUUUAUUGGAACACAGCCAGACUCAUUCAUUUAGAUAUUACCUGUGACUGCUUUUGUGCUACAAUGGCAGAGUAGAGUAGUUGCAGCAGAGACCGUAUGACCCACAAAACCUAAAAUGUAUGAUCUGGCCCUUUAUAGAACAAGUUUGCUGACACCUAGAAAGAAAGCUAGACACCCAGCCCCCCACCUCCCCACCCCCAGGAAGGAACCUGAAACCCAGAGAAGGGACCAAGAGGAAUAUUUUUUUUUUGUUAAGAAUUUCAUUAUUAUUAUUAUUUUUGUUUACCAAAGGAAGAAAUAAAAAUGCUGAAGUAGAUACUUAAUAUGACCUAGGAUGUGUGUGUGUGUGUUGGGGGGGUAGGGGGGGUUCUGUGGUGUCAGGAGUGAAGUCACAAAUAUUCAAAUGUUAGGCCUGGGAAAUUGGCAUUCUAACGCUCUGCUAGUGGGAAUGCAACUGCUAUAAUGUAUAGGGGACAGUUUGGUACCAUGUAAAGUAUACUUACUUCAUCCCUGUUUGAUAAGGCCAGCCUUGGACUAUCUUCUUUUCCUCUCAGAAGUGAUCUGGUUUGAUGAUAGAUUACAUGGUCACCCGAAUUAUGUUUUAAAAUGUCUACCACUUCCUGGGGAAGCCAGCACAACUUGUACAAGGAAAGGUCAUGGAAGCUCCAUAGACACAUCCAA